AUAAACAACCAAAGGUUCAUUGUACCUUUCUCCAUUGUCUUCAAUGAAUUCCUAAAACUAGAAGAAGCGUUACUUUAGAAAACCAAUUAUAAAAAUCUCCUCUUUCUUCAUCAAAUUCCACAAAGCAUCAGUUUCUUCUCCUUCUCCAAGCUCUCGCAUCACUUUCAUCGAUUUUUCCUCUCUGCGUCGAUCCUUCAGACAUCGGCGUCGGAGUUUCCGACAGGAAUCUAAAAAUGUCACGUGGAAGAGGAGUUCCUAUGAUGGACCUGAAACGAAGUUAUGAUGUUGAAGACAGGGUGGUGUCCGUGUCUAUACCAUCAAUAAUCGAAGCUGAUGAGGCUGAUCUGUGGCCACUACCUGAGAUUGAUACCAAGAAGUCGAAAUUUCCUUGCUGUAUAGUUUGGACUCCUCUUCCUGUUGUCUCUUGGUUGGCUCCUUUCAUUGGUCAUAUUGGACUUUGCAGAGAAGAUGGAGUCAUUUUGGACUUUGCUGGAUCUAACUUCAUCAAUGUUGAUGAUUUUGCAUUUGGUCCUCCUGCUCGCUAUCUCCAACUCGAUAGAACCAAGGUAUUAGUAUCUGCUUCUUUAUUAAGUAGAAUCUGGUUAUGCAUGGACUUUGUUAGUUUUGUAUCAAAUUAUAAGAACUUUUUAAUCUUUAUCAAAUGUGUGUGUUUGUGGCAGUGUUGCUUACCACCAAAUAUGGGUGGACAUACUUGCAAGUAUGGAUUCAAACACACCGACUUUGGAACAGCGCGUACAUGGGAUAAUGCACUGAGCUCGAGCACACGUAGCUUUGAGCAUAAAACCUACAACAUCUUCACUUGUAACUGCCAUUCGUUUGUUGCAAACUGUUUGAACCGUCUUUGCUAUGGUGGCUCAAUGGAGUGGAAUAUGGUGAAUGUUGCUAUUUUACUUAUGAUCAAAGGGAAAUGGAUCAAUGGUUCAUCAGUAGUCCGCUCGUUUCUGCCAUGUGCUGUGGUCACGUCUUUGGGGGUGGUGCUUGUCGGCUGGCCAUUCCUCAUCGGUCUCUCUUCGUUCUCGCUACUACUCUUUGCCUGGUUCAUAAUUGCUACUUACUGUUUUAAGAACAUAAUUACUUGAAGCAGUAUGAGAGAAAUAUAAAUAUGAUGUAUCACCAAAAUUAUGUUAAUCUUAAGAAUUGUUCUCUUUUCCUUUCGGCACCAUCUAGCUUUCAACUCCAAAAUUAUGUUAAUCUUAAAAAAUUGUUCUCUUUUUC